UUGCCUUCAGCAGCGCAGUCUUUACAACUAUUUCCCCCAACUUCAGUUCGAGCAGCUCGGGCAGUGUAGACGCCUGUCCGGAUGGAGGACAAACCGCUCACCUAAUCCGUGUCACUCCUCUUGACACGACCCGCAGUCGGGCAUGUAGUUACGCGUAUUUCCUCUACGUAUGUGUUUUUCUGCUUAAAAAUGGGCUCCGGUGGAGAGUGUAUUGGAAGGGAUCUAAUUGUAAGGGCAUUACGUUGCAUGCACAGUCAGCGUGAUUUGCUAUGGUGAUACUACAAGAAGCUAACCCCGAGCUAGCCCAGGGAUCGUUUUUGGGAGAUACCUUUUAUUGGACAAAGCUACACGCUAACGUGUGAAUUAGACACUUUUUGUUCAUCUUCAUUAAAGUGGAAUAUCAAAAGGGAAUGUCGAACCAAGGAGUAAGGAGAAAUGGCCCAGUAAAGCUGCGGUUGACAGUGCUCUGUGCAAAAAACCUGGCAAAGAAAGACUUCUUUCGGUUGCCAGAUCCUUUUGCUAAAGUGGUAGUGGACGGUUCUGGACAAUGCCACUCGACAGAUACUGUGAGAAAUACUCUUGAUCCAAAGUGGAAUCAACAUUAUGAUCUCUACAUCGGAAAGUCAGACUCCAUUACGAUCAGCGUCUGGAACCACAAGAAGAUCCACAAAAAGCAGGGCGCGGGAUUCCUCGGCUGCGUCCGGCUCCUGUCCAACGCCAUCAACAGACUCAAAGACACGGGCUAUCAGAGACUGGACCUGAACAGGCUGGGCCCCAAUGAUAACGACACCGUGAGAGGACAGAUAGUAGUGAGUCUUCAGUCCAGAGAUCGUAUUGGAUCCGGGGGACCAGUGGUCGACUGCAGCCGCCUGUUUGACAACGAUUUGCCUGACGGCUGGGAAGAGAGGAGGACAGCAUCUGGGAGGAUACAGUACCUGAACCACAUCACCCGCACCACGCAAUGGGAGAGACCCACCAGGCCGGCGUCUGAGUACUCCAGCCCGUCCGGGCGUCCGCUGAGCUGCGUGGUAGACGAAAACACGCCGGUGAUGACUCCCGUUAACGGGGCCGUGGCCAGCGGACCUCCGGGUGAACAGCGCAUCCAGGAGCGGCGGGUCCGAUCGCAGCGGCAUCGGAACUACAUGAGUCGAACGCACCUGCAUACGCCGCCCGAUCUGCCUGAGGGUUACGAACAAAGAACCACCCAGCAGGGCCAGGUGUAUUUCCUCCACACUCAGACCGGAGUCAGCACCUGGCACGACCCCCGAGUCCCCAGGGACUUAAGCAACGUGAACUGUGAGGAGCUGGGACCACUGCCUCCAGGCUGGGAGAUCAGGAACACCGCCACCGGCCGCGUCUACUUUGUUGACCACAACAAUCGAACAACGCAGUUCACAGAUCCACGACUGUCUGCUAACCUGCAUCUGGUGCUCAACAGCCCGAGUUCGAAUGGUUCCCGCGUGGCCCCGGACAGCCAAAACACUAACCUCAGCAGCCAUCCACCACAGCUAAAGGAUCAGGGUGGUCCCGGAGCCCCUCCACAGGCUCUGUCUCCCGCUCAGCUCCCCGAAGAGGCGGAGUGUCUGACGGUGCCCAAGUACAAGAGAGACCUGGUGCAGAAGCUGAAGAUUCUCCGGCAGGAGCUCUCACAGCAGCAGCCGCAAGCCGGCCACUGCCGCAUCGAGGUCAGCCGGGAGGAGAUCUUCGAGGAGUCGUAUCGACAAGUGAUGAAGAUGCGUCCAAAGGAUCUUUGGAAAAGACUGAUGAUAAAAUUCAGAGGAGAAGAGGGACUGGACUAUGGAGGAGUUGCUCGGGAGUGGUUGUACCUGCUGUCACACGAGAUGUUGAACCCGUACUACGGCUUGUUCCAGUACUCCAGAGACGACAUCUACACUCUACAGAUUAACCCAGACUCUGCUGUCAACCCAGAACACCUGUCGUACUUCCACUUUGUGGGCCGCAUCAUGGGCAUGGCGGUGUUUCACGGCCACUACAUCGACGGAGGCUUCACGUUGCCGUUUUACAAACAGCUGCUUGGGAAACCAAUCACGCUGGACGACAUGGAGUCCGUCGACCCCGACCUCCACAACAGCCUCGUCUGGAUCUUGGACAACGACAUCACUGGGGUCCUGGACCACACUUUCUGCGUGGAGCACAACGCUUACGGAGAAAUCAUCCCGCAUGAGCUGAAGCCCAACGGGAAGAGCAUCCCGGUGACGGAGGACACCAAGAAGGAGUAUGUCAGGCUCUAUGUGAACUGGCGUUUCCUCCAUGGCAUCGAGGCUCAGUUUCUGGCUCUCCAGAAAGGCUUCAACGAGGUCAUCCCACAGCACCUGCUCAAGGCCUUCGACGAGAAGGAAUUAGAGCUGAUCGUGUGUGGCCUGGGGAAGAUCGACAUCGCCGACUGGAAGUCCAACACUCGGCUGAAGCACUGCACCCCCGACAGCAACAUCGUCAAGUGGUUCUGGAAAGCUGUGGAGUCGUUCGACGAGGAGAGGAGGGCCCGGCUGCUGCAGUUCGUCACUGGCUCGUCCAGAGUCCCGCUGCAGGGCUUCAAGGCUUUACAGGGUGCAGCAGGACCCCGACUCUUCACCAUUCAUCAGAUUGAUGCCAACGCCAAUAAUCUGCCCAAAGCGCACACCUGCUUCAACCGGAUCGACAUUCCUCCCUACGAGAGCUACGACAAACUGUACGACAAGCUACUGACGGCGAUCGAGGAGACGUGCGGCUUCGCGGUGGAGUGAGCGACCGCACAGGACUCUGAUGAAACGUCAUCGACGCUGCAACGUGCCGGCUGGAUCGCCCCUCUCUGAGGAUCCAGCCUACAGUCUUCCUCUUCUCUCUUCCAUCAUCAUCUUCAUCAUCAUCAGUUCAGGCAGCAGAGUCGUUGUUGCUAUGGUUGGACUUCUUGUUUUUGCAUUCAGAAAAAAAGGAACAUAGAUCAAAUUCAAUUAGGAAACUU